AUUAAAUUAACCAGUUACACACAAAGUUAGCCUAAAGAGCAAGUUCACUGAGAAACCGUUUGUUACUUGUUAUAACUUUGAUUUUCACAUGCAGGCGAAAUGUGAAAAUAGUCUUCUACCCCUAUUUCCUGCAUUAGCUGUUGAUAGAAAAUAGAUGAGGAAAUGGUCAGGUCAGAAAAACCCACAAGUUAAAACAAAGAAUCACUUCGGAACGGUCUUCUGGGGGAAAGCUAGAGCAGUUACUCGGAAGAAAAAACAACAACCCAAAAAGCAUCACAACGCUCUCCAGCCAGGCAGUCCACCAUCAGCGAUCAUGAGACUUACCGCUGUGAGGCAAAAUAGUUUUUGAGGUGCGAGGUCAGUAAUGAGUCGUGGGUGCCUCUCUGAGGGGAGGUGAGAGAACAUCUCUGGAGUCCCUUUGGACGCACAAUGCUUUCUUUAUGCAGCAGGUAGGGUAGAUGUUCUGCACAGGAGACGGUGGUGAAUCAGUUAUUCUGGGGUACUUUGUGAUCACAUGCACUAACGUUUCCAAACCAGACUUGUAUGUAUCCUGUUGGGAUGUAUUUUUCUGAAACCAGCUAUCAGAUUUUUGGUUUUAAUGAAUGGAUGGGUCAAGUUAUUUAGGCACCAACAGUUCUUUUAGCCAUUACUGUCGGCUGUUUUAUUAUCUGUGAUAAAUACAAAGGUUUUUUCUAGGUAGGGCUAGGGGGCUGCUAAAAUGGACCUUCUAAGCAGGUAUUUGUCCCUGACCGUGGAUCUGAAGCAUGAUGAAAGAAGGAUUCAAGUUUUUUUGCUCAUUUGGGGUGAUGUCGGUCAUAAAUUUAAAUUUAGACCCAUUCGUAAACUAUAUACAUGUGUUGUGCCCUUGUAGCCUGCUCCAAAAGCAGCUGAUCUUUCUAUUAGUUUCUUAUGGACAACAUUUACCAUGCCAUACGAUACGAUACCAAUCGAUACGAUGCAAUACGAUAUGAUACGGUACGGUGCUGUACCAUGUCGUGACAUGCUGCACCAUUCCACAACAGUAUUUCUGUAGCACAUUUAAAAACGGCUUGAGUGCUGAUCAAAGCGCUGCACAGGACAAUAAAUCAGCCAAUACAAAACUUCUACAACAAACACAAAAAGGAGUCACUCCCCAAAAGCCAAGUCAUAAAAGUGGGUCUUCAGUGAUUUAAAGACAUCAAUGGAGGAAGACUGUCUAAUUGUGAGGGGCAAUCCAUUCCAGAGCACGGGGGUGGCAUACAAAAUGUCCGCUCCCCCCUUGCUUUAUAGUUCAUGGAAGGAGCAGCGAGCGGUCAGCUGACCUCGGUGAGCGUAGCGGUACAUAAGGAGUGAGCAGGGCUGAUAAGUAGAAAGGUGCAAGACUAUUCAAAGCAUCAGCCUCUUUUGUAAAUUUGUUUCAGCACCUUCAGAUUAUUACCCAAUGUUAUCAUCAUUUUUACUGUAGUUAUGAAAUGCAGAUUCAUCACCAAGUUGAAGAUGGGAGUUUAUUCUAACAAUUUGCAUCCCAAACCUUUCAGAAAUCGAAUGAAAAAUGACUAAAUUCUCAUAAAGGUCUGUGAAAGCAGAACACUUCAAAUGUCACCAUCUGCUGGUCACAGCAUAGAACGGAGGAUCAAAGCAACUUAUACCCCAGUUUUUAUCUCCUAUAAGCAAAAUGCUUAAAGUGUGCAAGAAGAGAGACUUUUAUGAGAAUCUUAAAAUAUGUAAGGGUUUGCUGGCAAAUACAGCUCUGAGCAUAAAGCUACAUAACACUGUCCUGACCCUUACUUAAGAUGUAACUGUAAAGUUCUGCUGCAUCUUUAAAAGGUCCAACGACUUGUCAGCUUCAUUGCUUUCAAACACAUUUAGAGCAUAUUUAGAAGCGAGAUGGUCCAUCUGAUGUGGAGGGUUGAGAGCUGGCUGUCAGUCACAUACCAGAUGGCUUUCUCCAGCACGGCAGAGCCUGCAGCAUCACACUCACACAACGUGCCACUCACCUAUUUAGCACUCUCCACACACUGUGACAGACGGUUUCUCAGACAUUUACAAUCACUCAUGUGGUGCAUCUGUCUUAAACCAUCAGCCCACUUCCUGUCCACUCCAUACUGAGCCUACAUAAAUCCUGGCAUGUGCUCUCUGGUUUCCUUGGCUACAAAGACACUGCAAAUAGACCUGCAUGCAACAGCCAGCUUGUUUAUUUUCCAUGACAUUCACAUAUUGAGGUGGUUCUGCAUUUGAUCUGAGAGAAUUUAUAGAGUUGCAAAAACAUGCAGAUACUUAAUAAAAGCUUUACCAGCAGCCACAAGACGGGGGAAACACUCCUAGUGCAGCUGUUCUUCAGAGAAUUAGAGCAUGAGACGAAUAAACGGCUGCUGUUUCGCAUAAACCUCACCUUCAUGAUAUGUAUUAAGCUGUUUAAAGCUGCAAUGGCAAAUCUGCAGAACAAGCUUGCUUGUAAACACAAACACGUCACAGAUACCUGUCGAGCAUAAUCCCAGGACCACAUCCACGUUUACCAGAACCCGCAUUACCUGAGUGAACGAGAACGCGCUGAACACCAGUCGCCAUUUUCUGUGACUAAACGUCUCUUGUUGUCCAUGACUUCACACGGUGCGGUGGUUCAGUGAGACCGACAACUGGAUGGUCCAGUCGGUUUUGGUGCAACAUGUCGUUGGUGCAGGGUUUUAGACGAAUGCAAAAGAACCAUAUUCAUUCAUUAUUUUGGGUAUCUCCACAGUAUAGUUAUAGCUAUACGGUGUUAGAAUGUCCUUAAGAGGCAUGAAAAGCAAUGUUCCAAGCUAUGACCACCAAUAUCGUACAUCACAUAAAACAAAAUACACACUAGGAAGGAACUCAAGACUAAAAUAAGUUUAAAAACCACAUUAAUGUCAGAGUGUACCAUUUUGUUUGUAAAAACACUCCACGAGUACACCAAAUAUGUCCGAGUUCGUACACUUAACACAAAACUAGCAGCACUGUAAUCAUCUCUGCAGUCUAUAUACAACCCUCUCCACAAGUGAGUGUCUGAUGGAAACCAAGGCAGCCCAGCCCACCACCAGAGCCAGGGUGGCUCCGUUGUGGCUAUCACAGUGGCAGCGGCUGGACAGUGGAGGCCAUGGCCAAGAAGCUAUGCCUUAUCCUGGAGGAGCAUACUUCAGAUGGGUGCAGCCAAUGGAGGAGAGAGGGAAAAAUGGGACGAAAAUAUCCAGAAAGUUAGAUCUAUAUUUGGCUACGCCUCCCCGUCUUUCUUCUUUAUGUGUGAGCCACAGCAAGUGGAGAACAGAGCCACCUCAUCUCCCAGUGAAACCCUACACUUUCUGCUGUUCCCUCCCACUCAGCCCAACAAGGUUGCUGAAGUUCACAUCAAAACACUUUUGAACAACACUCUACACUGGAUUGUUGCCUUGGAUUAAAUACCAAGCUCAUUUUGAAUUCUGGUGCCAGCAGGAGGAACCCUUUGGAUUAUUGUCACCUGAUAAUGAUGCUACCUAGGUGCUGACUGAAGGCGUGAGCGCCUCAAAGCCAAGAGACAGGCUCCUCCAGUGACGCUGACACACAGGCCAGGCCGGACAGCUCGACAAGCUAAACAGAACAGAUCCGAGCCUAGGCUGAGAUGGAAUUACGACUAGGAUUGAGAAUCAUCCUGGUCUGGUUCAUCCUGGCCUUGACUCUUCAUAGUGAGAGAGCGGAAGCACAGAGAGCAGGGUGUAAAAAUGUCCACUACGACCUGGCAUUCAUCCUGGAUACCUCAUCUAGUGUGGGAAAGGAGAACUUUGAGAAGAUCAGGCAAUGGAUAGCCAACCUGGUAGAAUCAUUUGAUGUGGCACCUGAAAAAACAAGGGUGGCUGUGGUUCGCUACAGCGACAGACCCAGCACAGAAUUUAUCCUGGGGCAGUACAGAACCCUGGAAGAUGUGAAGAAAGCUGCCCGGAACAUACGCUACACAGGAGGAAACACAAUGACCGGAGAUGCUAUCAGCUACACCACCACCAACAUCUUCACGGAGCGGAACGGAGCGAGGCCGAGCGCCCAAGGCCUUCAGAGGGUGGCCAUUCUUCUAACGGAUGGCCGAAGUCAGGAUUAUGUUCUGGAACCCUCGAAGGCAGCCGCCAGAGCUGGCAUCAGGAUGUUCGCUGUGGGCAUCGGGGAAGCUCUGAGGGAAGAGCUGGAGGAGAUCUCAGCCGAGCCCAAAAGCGCCCACGUCUUCCAUGUGACUGAUUUUAAUGCCAUUGACAAAAUCAGGGGCAGGCUGAGGAGGAGGCUGUGUGAGAACGUGCUGUGUCCAAACAUGAAGGUUCAGCCUGAUCGCUUUAAGCCCAGCAGCACCAGUUAUGGUCUGGAGGAGGUUCCAGGCUUCAAUUUGAUGGAGUACUUUAAUGUGAAAGAUAUUCUAGGAACCAGAGCUGAUGAAGGUCAGAGUUCGUAUGUUCGUCUUGGCACGAUGCCAAUAGUGCAGCAAACAGAAGAUGUGUUUGCUCAAGGUUUACCAGAUGAAUACGCAUUUGUAACGACAUUCAAGUUCAGAAAAUCAUCAAGACGAGAAGAUUGGUACCUCUGGCAAAUUUUUGACAAAUAUGGAAUUCCACAGGUGUCCAUUCGUCUGGAUGGUGAAAACAAGGCGGUUGAGUACAACGCCGUUGGGCUGACAAAAGAUGCUGUCAGAGCAGUGUUCAAGAAUCCUGAAGUUGACAACUUGUUUGACCGCAACUGGCACAAGAUUGCCCUUAGCGUGGAGGCCAAGUCUGUCUCUCUAUACCUGGACUGCAAACACAUCCAGACUCUGAAAAUUGAAGACCGGGAGGAUAUUGAUAUACAAGGGAAGACAGUAAUUGGGAAGAGGCUGUACGACAGUGUGCCAAUUGAUUUUGACCUCCAGAGGAUGAAGAUUUAUUGCGAUUCCAAGCAUGCAGAGCUCGAAACCUGUUGCGAUCUCCCCACUGGGCCUUGUCCUAAGAAAGUUGUGACAGAGGCUCCACCGAUAGAGAUUCUCACUCCAACGCCAACCGUUGCAGAGCAAAAACUCCACCCUGAAGCAAACUGCUCCUGCCCUGCAGGGCAGAAGGGAGACAUCGGUGCACCUGGCUCUGCCGGUCUAAAGGGUGAAAAGGGUGAGACUGGCCCUAAAGGUGCCACUGGAUCUCAAGGCGUAAAAGGGGAAAAAGGAGAAAGUGGCAACAUAAACUCUGUCAAAGGUGACAGAGGUGAGAAGGGUGAUAGAGGCAUUUUAGGCUUGACAGGUGCUCCUGGACAAAAAGGAGAGAAGGGCCUUGGUGGUGUACCUGGCAUUGAUGGUUUAACUGGAGACAAAGGAGACAAAGGUGAAGCAGGCAAGCCUGGCGUCCAAGGGUUUCCAGGCCCAGCAGGACAAAAGGGGAUCCAAGGGGAUGCAGGGAUUCCUGGUGCACCUGGACCAAAUGGGUUACAGGGAAACCGGGUCCAGAUGGAUUACCUGGAAAACCUGGACUUCCUGGGGUAG